GUUGAAUAUCUACCAAUAAUUUUUUAUCACUCUGUGUUAUCAUGAAGUAACGAAUUCCUCAAAAUAUAAAAACAAGAACUCCUUUUCUGACUACAAGAAAAUAUGAUGUCCAGCAAUGGACCUCUCAUUUCGAUCGUUUUAUUAAUUUUAAGUCUGUUUAAGCAUUACUCUAGUGUAUUUUUAAUGAGUCUAUAUCAUCAGUUUUAUAAUGGAAUUGCUGAAUUUCAGUGAAUGGAUAUUAAAACAUUUUAACGUAUGCGUUUCUGACAAUGCAUGUAACAUUUUUUUCCAAUUUGACAGUUCAGUGCCUUCUUAUAUUUACGAUUUUGAUACAUGCCAACCAUGGCAAUAUUUUUAUAGACAUGUCAUUCAGAAUAUUACUAUAAGCAGUAAAAAACCCCAAUAUGACUUCUUCGUUGAUCAAUUAAUGGUGAAGAACAAGUUAUGGGAAAAAUUGUAUUACAUUGUUGGAAAGAAUUUUUUUCUUUUCUUCUUUCUUGAAUGUAGGAUUUAUUUUAAAUGGGGGAAAAAUACAUAUAUAUUAUUGUCAAAUAAUAAGAAAAAAACAUUGACAAAAACGUUUGUCCCUUCCAUUACUUAUCAUGAUUCACAAUUUUCUGUGUUUGAAGAAGGACUUGACCAGGAUAUUAAAAUAGAUUUGUACAGAGUAUUGUUUAGUUUAGUCAGGCCUAAAGAACUACAGAAGAUCAUUGCUCACAAUGAACCAAAUUUACUGAAAAAUGAUAUUUUAAAUCAGUAUGUUGGUUCUGAGUUUUCAAGGAGUAAUGCGUUUGGUAACCGACAACUGAAAUGUCUUAAAACAAUAAUUAAUAAUAGCCCAACGGUUAAAGAGUGUAAAUUAAUUUUAGACGAAAUUGUCCCGAUACAGGAGAAAGUUGUUACCAUACAGAAGGUUAGUUUAUUUCUCACUAAGAUGAUUGAAAAGUAUAUACCUUAUAAACUUUUAUUUCGAAGGAAUUUUCUAAAUAAAUUUAUAAAAAAUAUGCAACAAUUUUUGAAGUUUAAUACCAAACAAAGGUUAACUUUGGGCUUUGUAAUGAAAGGUAUAGCUGAAAAACAAGAUCCAUUGAGAAGGAAAGUUAUUGCGAAAGUUGUUAUGUGGAUAAUUAAUGUGUUUUUAAUGAAUAUCAUACGAUCUUUAUUUUAUGUCUCCAUAGGGAACAAGGGUAAUACAUUAAUAUUUGCUAAACUUGAAUUUUGUAUUACUGCCCGUAAGAUGUCUAUUCAGAAAAUGAUUGACAACAAUCAAAUGUUGGAAGUAAAUGAUCCCAUUAAAGUUCAACACAUGAAGAGUAUAAAAUUCUACCCAAAAUGUAGUGGCUCUGGUUAUCGUCCCGUAGUAAGUAACAGUAAAUCUGACCAGCUUAAUAAAGACAAACUGGAACUUUGUAAUAUAUUUCUUAAACAACUGAUAGCUUUUAAAAAGAAAAGUUUUCCUAAUCCAUCGAAAGAACUUCAUACUGCCUGGGUGAAUCAUAUGAAACUGAAAAGUAGAAAUACUGAAAGUUAUUUCGUUAAAACAGACAUAAAGGAUGCUUAUGGGUCAAUCAUACAUCACAAACUGAAGACAGUAUUGAAGGAAUGGUGUGAAGGAUUAGAGGAUAAUUUAAUACUCAUGUCUUUUGAAUAUAAAGGAAAAUGGGGAAAAACCGAAACUUUAAAACAAUUUAUAAACUUUACUCCAUCAACAGGAGAAAAAAUUUUGUAUUGCAAAACUGGAACAGAAGAGAUAAUUCGUUUAAGUGAACUGAUAUCUGAUAUAUUUUGUUACAUUGACAAUAUUUAUGUUGGAUUUUCAAAUAAGAAAUAUAAAAUAAUCACAGGAGUACAUCAAGGUGGUAAACUAUCAGCAGCACUAUGUGAAAUUUAUUAUACUUCGCUAGACCAAAAUUAUUUAUUGCGGUUAAGUGAUUUUCAAAAAGGUGAUAUAUUAUUAAGAGCUGUUGAUGACUAUUUAUAUAUCAGUCAAGAUUCAGAGAAGAUAAAUGAAUUUCUAGAAAUUAUGACAAAAGGGAUUCCAGAAUAUGGUAUGAUAAUACAGAAUGAUAAAACCAUUACAAAUCUUGGUGAAUUCAAUAAAGAAAUCUUAAGCUCCAAUUUUAACAUUCCGUUUUUCGGAUUUAAUUUAGAUGUGAAGAAUGGUUAUAUUACUCCAUGCCUGAAUAAUUAUGAAGGUCUUGAUAUAAAAUCAACUAUAUCAUUCAAUAAAUUGAAUAAAAGAGUUCUGCUACAGAAAAUGAGUUCCAUUAUAUCAUUGAAACUUCAUCCUAUGCUAUUUGAUCAUACGUAUCAACCAAUAAGAAUUUUGCUACUCAACAUUCACUAUGCUUCUUGUGUUAUGGCUAUUAAAUUUAUAGCCAUUGUUCAAUUGCUAAAAAUUGCUAACAUACAGCUUGAGGAAGAGUACUUAAUAUUGUGCAUUAAAAAAGCUGUUUCUGCGAUCGCUUCAUAUGUUUAUAGAAGAGGUAAAUCACAUUCUGAAGAAUUUGUCACUUUUAAUAUCUUUCAACUUUGCAUAUCAACAAUAUUGUCUUUAUAUUUUCAGGUAAGAAAGCAAUUGAAUAUCGUGCUGCUAAGAAAAUGGGAUUAAAAUCGUUCAUUUUAAUUUUUAAAAGAAAAAAAUACAAUUUUAAAUUAGUAGAUGUAUUACUACUGAAAGCUAGUCAUUUAAGUGUGAGAUCGAAAAGAGUUGAUCGACUUAUUAAAUUAGUCGGGAAAAUAUUGCAUCCAAGUUUGUCUUACAGCUUACAUUCUUAAUUAUGUUUUAAAAUGAUAUAUGAUGAUAUCCACUGAUUUUGAAAUAUUCACCUUGUUGGAUGCACUUGUUAAGUAUUGGACUCUUCUAUAUUUUUUCUGGUCAAAAGUAAAAAGUGACCUGUUUUAAUAUCAUUGAAUUAAUAUUUUAAAACAUUUUACAUAAUUUUAAAAAACAUAUUUAUGAUUUUCAAAACAUUCUUUCAUCAACAAGCAGAGAUGUUUUUUAUGAAAUAGUAUAUUAUAAUAUUAGUGAAAAAUUAAGAAUUCUUGUUAUUUGAUUUAUUUUAAUACAAGUUUAUUUUUAUUAA